UAUCCAUAGCUUGACUCUUGACGUUCAGAGGAUGACGCAAUGUCGUUGACAUUCAAUGGAAACGUAUCGACAAAGUAAUCAAACAACUUUGCUGUUGUCAAAAAACGGGAACACUUCGAAGGUAACCCGCGCAUUCCUCCGGUCCUCCUCCUCUCAGUCAGCACGCGCCACUUCUUCAAGUCCAAUCAUAGCACGACGAAAGCCGGUCUCCCUCCCCUCCGCACCGUCUACACCCGUUUAGCAACACCAAGUGAAAGAAAGAAUUUCACGUGUGCUGCUGGUUGGCAGGCAGAGCCAGAAGUGGAGCCUGUGUUAAGUACCACAGUCGAAGGAUUGGUCUGCACCUACUCUUUAGCUGCUACACACCCAAACCAAGAUGAAACAAAAAGAUAUGAAUCCCAUGCUACUGCUCCUUUUCAACCUCACGGUGUGGAUUUACUCCUUCUUCGCCUUCAUUCCCUACUACAUUUUCACUUGGGUGUCCAGACCUGAAGGGGUCGUUUAUGGAUCUGAGCAGGAGCGUGCAAUCAGAGCAAAGGCUCACUCAGUGCUAGGACGACCUGAGGGACCUUAUCGAGCAGUGAAAGCCACCAGAGGACUUGUAACAAUGCUGUACCCGGGACUGGACACCCUGGUGAAGAUUUUUGAGUAUGCUGUCAUGAGAUUCCCCCACAGAGAUUGUCUCGGUACGAGAGAGGUGAUCAGUGAGGAAGAUGAGGAGCAGAGCAACGGCAGAAAGUUCAAGAAGGUGGUUCUCGGGGAGUACCACUGGAUGUCUUAUGGGGAGACCCUCUCUGCAGCAUACCAGUUUGGCCGUGGUCUGGCAUCACUGGGGCAGAAGCCUAAACACAACAUUGCCAUAUUCUGUGAGACAAGAGCCGAAUGGAUGAUCGCCGCCUUGGCCUGCUUCAUGCACAAUUACCCGCUGGCUACUUUCUAUGCAACACUGGGGGGUCCAGCCAUUGCUCAUGGACUGAAUGAGACAGACGUAACGCACAUCAUUACGAGCUUGGAGCUCCUGGAGACCAGACUCAAGGCUAUUCUAGCAAAAAUUCCAAAGCUGCAGUGCAUCAUAGUAGUGGACAAGACUCCAACCCCAUGGCUAGGCUAUCCCAGUAGCAUUAGUAUCCACAACAUGGCCGACGUGCAGAUGCUGGGUGUCACACGAGAAAAUGAAAUUUCAGCACAAAAUCAGCCUCUAGCUUCUGACAUUGCAGUCAUCAUGUACACAAGUGGAUCCACAGGUAUUCCUAAAGGUGCCCUGAUCUCUCAUAGCAACAUUAUAGCUGCCUUCACAGGUGUGGCCGAACGGAUACCUAACUUGAGUGAGAACGACACUUACAUUGGCUACCUUCCCCUGGCCCAUGUACUAGAGCUGAGUGCUGAGCUUGUGUGUAUUUCUCACGGUUGUAGGAUUGGCUAUUCUUCACCUCAAACUCUCUCUGACCAGUCAACUAAGAUUAAGAAGGGCACCAAAGGAGAUGUGAGUGUCCUGCAGCCCACCUUGAUGGCAGCUGUCCCUGAGAUCAUGGAUCGCAUUUACAAGAAUGUGAUGGCCAAGGUUGAGGAGAUGAACUUUUGCCAGCGAACGCUCUUCAAGCUGGCCUACAACUACAAAUUGGAUCAGAUCACCAAAGGUUACAGCACGCCUCUUUGUGACAAAUUGGUCUUCAGAAAAGUCCGUGCUCUUCUUGGAGGACAUCUACGAGUGUUAUUUUCGGGUGGAGCCCCGCUUUCCAGUGUCACCCAACGCUUUAUGAAUGUGUGUUUCUGCUGCCCUGUGGGUCAGGGAUACGGCCUGACAGAGACCUGUGGUGCUGGAACAGUUAGUGAGGUGUGGGAUUACAGCUCUGGGCGAGUGGGAGGACCGCUAGUGUGCUGUGAGAUCAAGCUGAAAGACUGGGUGGAGGCGGGGUACCUUCACACUGACAAGCCACACCCACGAGGAGAGAUUCUAAUCGGUGGACCCAACGUAACUAUGGGAUAUUACAAGAACAGUGUGGAAAAUCAAACACACUUUUUUGUUGAUGAGAAUGGACAACGCUGGUUCUGCACUGGAGACAUUGGGGAGUUUCAUGAAGAUGGAUGCCUUAAGAUCAUUGAUCGUAAGAAAGACCUUGUAAAGCUGCAAGGAGGAGAGUAUAUCUCCCUGGGAAAGGUGGAAGCUGCGCUGAAGAAUUGCCCGCUGGUUGACAACAUCUGUGCCUAUGCCAGAAGCGAUGAGACUUACGCCAUCGCCUUCGUCGUGCCAAAUCAGAAGCAGCUGCAAGCUCUGGCUGAUCUAUAUGGCAUCAGUGGUUCAAGAGAGGAGCUUUGUAACAACAAGAUCAUGGAAGAACUAGUGCUGAAGGUCAUCAAUGAGGCCACUCUAGCAGGCCAACUGGAGCGCUUUGAGAUCCCUCGCAAGAUCCAAAUGAGCCCAGACUUGUGGACUCCUGAGACCGGACUAGUAACUGACGCAUUCAAGCUCAAGCGAAAGGAGCUAGAAAUCCAUUACCGGAAUGACAUUGCAAGGAUGUACGAUGGGAAAUGAUGGCGUGGAUAACGACAGUCCGUACACAAAGCGCAACUGUACAAAGUUCCGAAAGUUGCAUUUUCCCUUUGAACUGUUUCCCAGCUCAAUUUUGGUUGUUUCUACUUGAAUCUGUAGCGGAACCAAAUUAGAAUGAUUGCAUAGUACUGGAUCCGUGAAGUCUCCAGGAAGUGCAAUCGAUGUGUCUGCUGCUGCCUUUUCUUCUCUUGUCUAUGUGUUCGACCUCCGUCUUAAGUGGUUUAUUGUUUCAGAUGGAACUUAUGAAACAGACCUUGCCAUGUUUAGCUGUCUGUUCCUCUCGCCUGAGUUCACAGCAAGAAGCCGUGGAUUAUGUUUGAUUACACACUUUGUUUACUUUUGUCGCAGAAUUGUUUCUCUAAUCUUUUUCGGAAUGUUCAAGAUAAUUAAUCUUAUCUGUCCUGCAGGUCAGGAGACGCUUAGCUCUUUUGUUCUUCUGGCCUGAACAUGGAUUGGAUUUCACAUGUUUAAAUUUGCUUAUUCUAUUACCACCAACCUGUAUAGUAAGAUAAUUCCAAAAGUAAUAAUUUUAAUAGUAUUUUGUAAACUUUUAAUUGCACAUUGUUAUUAAUGUGUAUGAAGUACCAAGAUAUGCACCUAAUGAGAUUAUUUUUACAGUUGGAGACGGGUGGAUUAUUGUUUACUUUGCACAGUUGUUGUACAAUAACAGUGUACUUUCUAAUGUACUGAACACACACUCCAGAAUUUAUUUAUGUCGUUUCCAGCAGUCUGUAAUAAGCGCCAUUUUGAUCAACAGGGCAAACUUGAAAAUGUCUCAUUCCUAAGAAAGACGGGUAGUUGAUGAAAAAUGCUGAAAAACCAGGAGGAUUGUUUUUUUUUUUUUUGUAACAUUUUCACUGACUACAAAUAAGUACAUGUAAGUACAGUCUUGAAACUCAAACUCAACCAGAACCUGAUUGUUUUGAUUUCUGGUGGUAGGUUUCUUUGUGUGUGUGAUCCAGGGUGAAAUAAAAUGAGUUAAGACUACAGAGCA